CUUUCAGGCUAUGCCUCCUCGCUCCUUCUAUCAGGCCCCGCCUCCUCGCCACAGGUUUAGUCCCUCCUUCUUUCAGGCUACGCCUCCUCGCUCCUUCUAUCAGGCCCCGCCUCCUCGCCACAGGUUUAGUCCCUCCUUCUUUCAGGCUAUGCCUCCUCGCUCCUUCUAUCAGGCCCCGCCUCCUCGCCACAGGUUUAGUCCCUCCUUCUUUCAGGCUACGCCUCCUCGCUCCUUCUAUCAGGCCCCGCCUCCUCGCCACAGGUUUAGUCCCUCCUUCUUUCAGGCUAUGCCUCCUCGCUCCUUCUAUCAGGCCCCGCCUCCUCGCCACAGGUUUAGUCCCUCCCACAUUCAGGCCCCGCCUCCUCGCCGCAGGUUUAGUCCCUCCUUCUUUCAGGCUACGCCUCCUCGCUCCUUCUAUCAGGCCCCGCCUCCUCGCCACAGGUUUAGUCCCUCCUUCUUUCAGGCUACGCCUCCUCGCUCCUUCUAUCAGGCCCCGCCUCCUCGCCACAGGUUUAGUCCCUCCCACAUUCAGGCCCCGCCUCCUCGCCGCAGGUUUAGUCCCUCCUUCUUUCAGGCUACGCCUCCUCGCUCCUUCUAUCAGGCCCCGCCUCCUCGCCACAGGUUUAGUCCCUCCUUCUUUCAGGCUACGCCUCCUCGCUCCUUCUAUCAGGCCGCGCCUCCUCGCCACAGGUUUAGUCCCUCCUUCUUUCAGGCUACGCCUCCUCGCUCCUUCUAUCAGGCCCCGCCUCCUCGCCACAGGUUUAGUCCCUCCUUCUUUCAGGCUACGCCUCCUCGCUCCUUCUAUCAGGCCUCGCCUCCUCGCCACAGGUUUAGUCCCUCCUUCUUUCAGGCUACGCCUCCUCGCUCCUUCUAUCAGGCCUCGCCUCCUCGCCACAGGUUUAGUCCCUCCUUCUUUCAGGCUACGCCUCCUCGCUCCUUCUAUCAGGCCCCGCCUCCUCGCCACAGGUUUAGUCCCUCCUUCUUUCAGGCUACGCCUCCUCGCUCCUUCUAUCAGGCCCCGCCUCCUCGCCGCAGGUUUAGUCCCUCCCACAUUCAGGCCCCGCCUCCUCGCCACAGGUUUAGUCCCUCCUUCUAUCAGGCCCCGCCUCCUCGCCACAGGUUUAGUCCCUCCUUCUUUCAGGCUACGCCUCCUCGCUCCUUCUAUCAGGCCCCGCCUCCUCGCCGCAGGUUUAGUCCCUCCCACAUUCAGGCCCCGCCUCCUCGCCACAGGUUUAGUCCCUCCCUCCUGUGACUAAUUUCCCUGCGGCUGAUUUCGGUGUCUGUGUCAGAUUCCAGGCCUCAUGUCCCUAAAGCGUCACGCCUCUGUGGUC